GAAAGAAAAGAACCCAUCUUUAUUUUUUAUUCAAUUUUUUUUUGGUGUUGUGGUUGAAAGAUUGUGAAAUCAGUGUCCUUUCAACAUCUCUAUGUAUGAUUACGACACAUAACAGGAAAAAGAUAGAUAUUUCCAUAUGCUUAGAGGCUCACAAGCUGACAAUCCUAGAACUGGGAGUGUGUAAAAGACAGCCCACUUUUUCUCCUCCUUUUUACAGACUAAGAGAGCAACACAACCCAGCAGUGAACAGAACAAUUUAACAUGCUGAGGGCUGUUGUGCUGCCAAAGCCAAAGCCAAACCACAGAGAGAGAGAGAGAGAGACAUGCACUGUUUAGAGAGAGCUGAAAGUACUUUUGAGUCUCCCAAAGAAAUGUGACUGCAGACACUAAAGCUGGAGGCUUUGAUGCUUUUGGUUGUUGUAUUAUAGCCAGGGAAAUUGGGACCAUCUUCUCUUGUCAUUUUCUCGUUUUUACUUGGCCAAUUAACUGGGCUUCUUUAAGGAACUAGCAGAAGUCUAUGUUUUAGGCUUAUAGCUUUCUGCUGCUUAGAUUUAGGCCUGUUAACAGAGACAUAGUGAAGAGAGAGAGAGAGAGAGAGAAUCAUUUCUGCAUUAAAUUUAAAGGUAUGCUUUGAAAUCACAGAUUGGUGCUUGCUCUUUGCUUCUUCAUUGAAGACUCAUUUUAGCCUUGCUAGGUUUUUCUCCCACUCUCUUGAACUUUGUUAAUUCUUCAUCUCUGCCAAUCAGAGGUUGGAAUUAGUGGCAAAGUUUAAUUGUUUUCAUCUCUUCUGGUCCCUACUUUUAGGCUUCCACCUUGUUUAUGCUUUUGGCAAUUGAAAAUCACUCUCUCUCUCUCUCUCUCUCUCUCUCUCUCGUGUUGAUCAUCAAUUGAAUUUAUAAUGGGUCAUCGUAGCUUAGCACGUACAGCUUAAAUACUCAGAUUUACUUGCACCAAGUUGGAUUUUCUUCUGUCCCAUGCUGCAGGUUUCAUCUUGAGAUGGCCUUCUACUUUAUGACACAACUACUUUUAUCUGGGCUGGUCAAGCAUUUACCACACAUGCAGCAAACCCCAACUUUAGCGUCUCAGAUAUCAUGUUCAUUCAUGGCUUUGAAAAGCCACUAAAUAUGGCAUUGUGAUUCAUUGUUUUGGCACUGUAUGCUUUACUACUUAAUAUUGAUUUUCUGCUUACGAAAUGGCUAUUAUCAGAUUCUCAGUGUCAUAGAUUUCCUGAUCAGUUAUACUUUCAUUACUUCAUCACUUAACAUAGGCAUCUUGCUAUUGUCAUAGUUUUUAACUUUAUAAUGGUUUCACAAGACUCACCCCCAAAUCCAGCUUCAAGUAUCUUUCACCAAUUCAUUAUCUCAGACUCCAUUGCUGCCCAAAACCAUUUGGAAAGCCAACACCUUGAUGCUUAUGAGUCUUCUUUCCGGAAUAGUAACACAUUCCCUCAGUCUCUUGGUGUCCUGCCCAGUCUUCAUUCUCUUGGGGAGAGAAUGUCCAGAUCAGUGGACCUUGUUCAAGCUCCCACAGGUGCAGAGGACUCAGAUAUGAACAACCACACUAGGCAUCUGAUGGAUCUUCCUAGAGCAGCAAUGGAGAACCAAGCACAGAGGCUCUCACUGUCCCUUGGUUCCCACAUGCUUGUUCCAUCUGUCCAAUAUAGGCAGAGGUCUAUGAAUUCAGACCUCAUGAGCCACAAUCACUUUAUCAUUGGAGAAGAAUCAGGGGAAGCUUGCAAUCCAGGAGUUGAACAUGUAAGCGAUGAGUAUUGUUUCAUAGGCAGUGCGCUUGCUUCAUCUUCAAACUCGCUAAGUCGAUCUUGUUCCACUUCAUAUGGAACAGAAUCUUUAGCGGAUGUUAUUGGGAAUUCAAGAUAUCUAAAACCAGCUCAGUCCCUCUUAGAGGAGAUUGUUAAUGUUGGUGGAAAACAAGUUGACAUCAGCAAUGAAAAACAUGUUGGAAAGUUAUAUGGUGAAGGCCGGAGAGGUGCUAUGGGGCUUUCUUCUGAACUGAAAGCAGAGUUGUGCUGCAAUGGGCUCAUGUCCGCUGACAAGCAUGAAUUGCAAGCUAGACUUGCAAACCUUAUCACCUUGUUGGAACAGGUUGAGGACAGAUGUGAGAAGUACUACCAUCAAAUGGAAGAAGUGAUGUCAUCAUUUGAGAUGGUAGUAGGUGAAGGAGCCGCCAAGUCUUACACAGCUCUGGCACUCAAGGCCAUGUCCAGGCAUUUUUGCAGCUUAAGAGAUGCUAUAGUUUCCCAUAUCUAUGCUGAAAAACGAAAGCUGUUGCAAGACAUACCGAAAAUCAGUUCAGGACUAUCACAACUUAACUUGUUUGACAGAGAGUGCAGACACAAAAGAAUGUCUCUUCAACAGCUUGGCAUUUUCCAGAGCCAACGCCAAGCUUUCAGACCAAUUCGAGGCCUGCCAGAGACCUCUGUGGCAAUUCUUCGCACUUGGCUUUUUGAACACUUCCUCCACCCUUAUCCAAAUGACUCUGAGAAGCUUCUGUUGGCAUCACAAACAGGCUUGUCAAAGAACCAAGUUUCAAAUUGGUUCAUAAAUGCGCGAGUUCGGCUCUGGAAACCUAUGAUAGAAGAAAUGUACAAAGAAGAAUUUGGGGAGUCUUCGGAGGAUUCGAACUCUUUAGCCGGUGGCUCCAUGACUGGUGACGGUAACACAGAUCACACAGAGGAUUGAUGGGGUAAAAGAUGUUCAACUGGAUAUGGCUUGCAGUAAUGCAUUUCACAUCUUGAGGUUGAUGUUGAAAAUCACCAGUGGAAGUUUAGAUUUUAUGCAAUGCUGUAAAGGAUUUCAAGUCCACCAUUUGCAAUGUUGUAAAGGAUUUCAAGUCUACCAUUUGCAAUGUUGAUUUUAGUGCUAAGAGUGUUAUUCAAGAUCUGGGCCUUCAGUCCUUGCUCCACUGUUAUGUCAUCUCUUAUAGUAUUCUUAUAACUACUGUUUUUUUCCUUUCCAAUU